GAGGUAAAUCCAGGUACGAUAAAUCACAGCAAUUCGCGCCAUCACCUAUCACAAGUUGAACGGACGAUCGCCCUCGAGAAGGCCGGUCACGACCCUCGUCACGUCUCAUUCGUCCAGCGAACGGAGGAAGCGUGAAGAUUCGUUCAAUUCCCUUGCAACGUCACUCGUGUCACAACUUUCCACGCACAGCAGGUUGGAAAGCUUGGAACCGGCACGAGGUCCCUCGUUUUUCGUGGCGAGGUAAUAGCGAAGUCGAUCCACGAAGAAGGGUCACACACGGAGAAGCCUACUUUCUUCCUCUUUGCUCGCUGCUCGAAAGGGGGGAAAUGGUAUCGUGGCGGGCCCGUGGCCGAGGCAGCACGAGCCAGUCACACGGACCCACUCGACGAAUCUCGAUGGGCCUCGCUCGCCUCUCUCGCGCCGCGCUCUAUAAACUUCCGGUUUAGAAGAGUAACAAGUUGUAAUCGAGAAUUUUUUCUUCUUUCAUCUGUUCCAAGUUUGGAGGACGGAUUGUCGUUCUUCCUGGGGGAGGAGAUCGAUUGUUGGAGGCGGCGGUUCACCGGAAGUGGGCGACCUCGAAGGGGUGAGAGACCUCGAAAGGGAACGAUCGCGUAAAUGGUCCCAUGGUCUGUCACGAUGCGGUCCGCAUUAAUGUUCGAUUGUGUCCUCGCGAUGGGCCUCUUCACCUGCAUCGGUGCAAUCACCGUGUCGAUAGACCGUUCCGAUAACAAACCGCCACCAACGCGGCCGUCGAUGAUCGCAAACGGGUGGCGCCCUCUGACCAACGCCUACGAGGACGCUCUAGGCACGAACGUGUCGCCAUCUAGCAGCCUCGAGCGGAAUAAUGGCCCGUUGCACCCGGUGCUGGGCAAGCUUCAAGAGCACAUGGCCGCCUCGGAGAAGUUGAAACCGCAACGAAAGGGUAAACCGACCUCUCACCAGGACUACAACCCGCCCAGUAUAUUGGGCAGCUUCACGGUUCUCGGCCACGCGGCGGCCAAGGCUCGUGGCGAGGCGCAGCCCGGCCACAAGAGCGCGAAUAAUAAACACGCGGCAUCCGAGACGAGGGACUACACGUUCCUGAUCCCACCGCCGAAGGACGCGUACCGUUUCGACCUGGACCAGCACAGAAAGCCGAUUUUACGAGACAGCUCGGCAUUCUUGCGUCAGCCGCAGUUCCAUCAGGCCCCGGAUCCGAUAAAGGCGGCCACGUAUUUUAUCAAAGGCUACACCUCCACCACCAACUCCCCCUCCUCGCCGAGCACCACGAAGAACAGGCACUACGACGCUCCUUACGUCCCGCAAUUGCUCCAACCGCCCAGAUACCACGUCAAGCCUUUCGAAUCCUUGAAAGUGUCCGCCAAUCCGAAACCGUACUUCCAACCACCCGGCACGGGGCCGGCCAAUGACUUCGGGAAGGACAAACGGUUGACCGAUCACAGACAGAAUUUCGACAAGUUUCACAACGAGCACGCCAGCAUCAAUCCAACCGGUAACUUCUUCGGCCAGGUGAAUCAUCCAGGUUACAAGACGUCGUACGAAAGGGAUCCCGCGUUCCUCGUGCACGAGAGCCACGAGAUCAGUUACAUCACCCCACCUUCCGUCUACAACCCGUUCAACUUCAGGCCCUCGCUCCCCUACGAGACUCUACUGCCUCCUGACGUGUUCUCCUCGUCCACCACGGCCCCCACCACACCCCGCACCGUACAGGAAUCGAACAAGUAUCGGCAGCAAGCAUCGGGGGACGCGAUAGACUCGAAGAGGCCGGUCCAGAUCUCCGUCGGCAAGCAGGGAGUGGAGACGGGCGUCUCGCAGGAAGUUCUGCCCACGGCUGGGAUCGCCAACACGUACUACGUGUCAGAGUCGCAGGACCUGACGCCCCCGCCCUCCGCCUGGCCGAUCCCGAAGAGCAAGUAUCCGUCAGACAUAAACGAGGUGCUGCCCCGCGUCAAUCCGCCGUCAGUCAAGUUCAACCAGGGCGAGGUGAACGUGGCGUCGAACCAGAUCCCCCAAGCGCCUAAGGUGGUGUUCGUAGGCCCCCAAACUCAACAACCCCAAUUCCAAACCCCCGUGCUGCCUAUAGACGUGCCUGUUCGACCUGUGAACGGUGACCCGGAAUACGAGACGCCGGAAAGUAUAUCGUUGAAACACUUCAACGAGCAACAAUAUCUGAUCCAGCAACAGUUGCUGCACAGGGACAGGCAGAGAUUGGCCGAGCAGGAGAGGCAACAGCAAUUGGAGAUCGAGAAGCAGCAGCAGGAGGAGUUGAAGAGGAGGCAGCAGGAGUUGAGGCAACUUUUGGAGAGGCAGAAGCAGGAGGAGAAGGAGGAGGAGGAGGAGGCCAGGCUGGCCGUGGAAUCCGCGAGGAACCAGACGGAGAAAUUGGCCAAAGUCACGGAGGAGGAGGGGGAGGGGAAACAACCCCCUCGUACGAUCCAGUUGGCCGGAUAUGAGAUCACGAACGUUAGCACAGACGAGGCGGCGGCGAUUACCGAGGAGAGCAGCGUUGGCGAGCAGCCAAAGGUUCAACAGUCUCAGGUAACCCAACCCGAGCCUCUGCCCGUUUUCCAACAGCGUCCUACGGACCACCUCCACGAUAUCUCGAAGAAGAAUCAGGCGGACCAAGCGAAUUACCGGGAACAGCAGGCUGCUGAUUUACGGCCCCAAAGGCCGCACAAGCCGUCGCGCGAUCAAUAUAGACGGCGGAAACCGAGCACCACCGCCGUGUACGAGCCAACACCGCCUACGGAAGCCCCGCUCCAAGUUCCAGAGACCUCGGUCCCCGUCACGCCUCGCGGGGAGGAAGUGGGAUUGCGGCCGACGCCGGAAACCGUGACUCUGGCCGCGCAGCCGAGGCCGAGAACUCGAAGGCCGGGCGCCCCGCUGCGACGAAGAAGGCCGACGACGACCACCGCCCCGUCCGAGCCCACCACGGAGCCGUCCGCGCCGGAGGACUUCCUGAAAUUCGAGAGGCAGGAGGAGGAGGAGGAGGCAACGCGCCAGGCGGACGCGGCGAAGAAGAGGCGGAUCAAGCCGGUUGCCACGCAGCCCAGUCUCGAGGAGGUGACCGAGAAGAAGACCAACAUCAGGAAACGACCCGGGCACAGGAACAGGGUGAACCCUGGGGAGCCGUUCGAGGCCGAGAUCGUGACUGAGAUCGUUCACGCUCCUCUGAGUACGUACAAGAGUCAGACCGAGUCGUACACGACUUCGAACGAGUACAGUCAACUCGUGGCUAGUGGGCAGCCAACUCCUAAUCAGCAGUUCGAUUACACGGAGUCGCAGAGGGUGGCAACGGUGGAGGAGAGGCAACGAGGGGGGGAUAGCGUGACACCGAGCAACCCGUUCGAGUAUCAGACAGAUUCUCAAGGUAUCAGGGCGAAGGAUCCGCACGAGAAUCCCAACAACUUGGUGACUUACAACCCGUCGCCCGAGUCCGUGGCCACGAACAUUCCUCUCGAGGAUCUGUUCGUGAGAACGGAGGGGAAUCACUUGGAUCGGGGCACGGGUGCGUCGUCCACGGGGCAAAGCAACGUGGUCGCCACGACCACGCAGCCUCCUCCCACCUCGCCUCCUCCCAGCACCCAGCCACCGAGCACCUCGACCGCCAGAUCCCACAAGAUCAGGCCGAUCAGGUACGGGAACGCGACCAGGCCGCGGUUCAGCAUCAAGGAUUACAAGAGCCGGAUGGAUUACAAGAGCAGAUUAGCUCAGAUCUCGAGCACCACCGAGUUGCCCAAGCAGAGGGGCGGCGGCGGCUCUGCUCUCAAGAGUCAACAGAGCCAGCAACAGCAGAGCGGAGGGGAGGGCGGAAGGGAGACGACGGGAAGGUACAAGUACGUCUCGAGGGUGAAUUACAGGACGUCCUCCUCGCCCAAUCCCCCUUCCAAGGAGGAGUACGCGACGGAGGAGGGGGCGUCCUCCAGCACCACUGAGAGGUCGAACCGUUUCGUGCCGAAGAGGAGGCCUAUAAACGGCAACGUGUACAGGAGCAGGGUGAAUUCGAGCGCAGCGCCGAGUCGGAAUCAUUACGACGCGGAGACGGGCGUACAAUCGAAACCGGGCACGGCUCGUCCCGAGAACGUGUUCUCGUCGUCGGUACGACGGCGACCGCCGGUGAUGAAGGGCAGACCGACGCCCCACCAGAGCUCGACCGCCCCGUAUCAGGAAGCCAGGGACGGCGAGGGGACGGAAAUGGCGGCGGAGGAGACGAGUUUCUACUCGGCGGUGACCAGCAUGGGAGCGGGGAACGAGGUUGGGGAGAAGGAGGGGGCGGCGACGACGAGCGUUGCGACGACGAGAUCGAAUGAUGAAGAAGUUGGGAAGAAGGAGGAAGCGGAAGUGGAGAGCGGGAUGAUAGGUUACCAUUCUCGGGAUGGGAUGAAGGAGAACGGGGGGGGAAAGGAGGUCGUGGAAGAACCGGUUGCCGUCGUCACCGAGAAAACCGUGGACGAGAGCCAAUUGAGGGAAAGUUGGGGGGCGAUGACGGAGCAAUACUCGACGGCGAGGAUCGAGGAAACGACCGAGAUCGGGAAGGGGGUGGUGGAGAGCACGACGAAAUUCGAGAUACGCUCGGAGGAGGAGGAGGAGUUAUUCGCGAAAGCGUCGCAAAGCGUCGCGGAUCUGACCAGUUCCGCUUCCGCCCUUUACGACAAGCCUGGAAUGUUCAAGGCUGUGUCCCCUGAGAGCAGAAUAGCCGCAUCCCACUUCAAGAUCCCCACUGACGAGCCCACUUUACCUAUCGAGGCGUUCUUCCAGGAACUGUCGAGGAAGAGUUAAAUGGAGAACAGGAAGAUCGUUUGAAGAUUCUUUUCGUUUCGUUAAAGGAAAUUUUGUCAGGCAUGAGAAGAUUUUUUUCUUUGGGGAAAGUUUCGUCGAGGGAUGUGAUUUGAUUUUGGAGCAUGCUUCUCUGUUCUUUUCGAAGGGAUGAAUGUUUCUUUUUUUUGUUCUACUUUCACUUUUUCGUCACUUUUUACUUCGUACGUGGAAUCUUCAUGCACCAUGUUCACAUUUCACAAAGUGUAAAUAUUUGAAUCGAAAUAUGCCAAAAAAAUGGAGAGUUGGAGAAGGAUCGUUGUCGAAUCGUGAAUGGAAUGGAUGGAGGAGUUGAACAAACCUUGUUUAAUUUGAAGAAAAAGAAAAAAAAAUUGGAGAACACCGUAUAUUCGAAAAAACUUUUUCCUUAAAUGAAGAAAGCAACGAUCUUUUUCUGGAUGGAAGAAAAGAUGGAAGAAAAAAUUCAAGGGGGGAUGCAAUACGUAGAAUAUUCACAAACAUAUUUAUAGAUCGAUAUUUUUUAUUAUUAUUAUUAUUAUUAUUAUUAUUAUUAUUAUUAUUAUUAUUAUUACGUAUCCUGUGAUGACAUUCGUUUCUUACCAUCAGACUUAGUAACUUCGUGGAAAAAACAUACCAAAUGCACGUGUGUACUCGAUUAGAUUUAAUUUAAAAUUACCCUCAUCCUAAUCUAGAUGCGUAUCUAAAUAAAUUAUUAUUUAUUUAAAACCACGCGCCAUUCAAAUUUCGUUCUCGAUUUUCACGCUCAGGCAUCCCUUGUUUUCCGUGUUUUUUUUUUCUUUUUUUUUUUUUCUUUUUUUUAACGAUGGCGUGCGGUACAAUUGUAGAAUAACAAAAUAACGGAUGCUACGGGAUCUUUUUGUAAA